AUGACGACCCCAUCUUCAGACGCCACUUAUCCCUUCGAGGCUGCUCCCGUUCCCAUCUCCACACUGACCGACGGGACGGGAAGCAUCUCUCAAGAUGCGAUCAGCGCUUACGUCAAGCAGGCCUUUGCGAUGAUUCGCGCGAGCCAUGGUUGGGCAAAGGGCAAAGUCAUCAAGACAGAGGUGGCUCCUGUUCAGAGCUUCAAGGGUAACAGCGUGCACAAAGGCCGACUGGCAAAGUGCGGCUGGCACGGCAGACACAGCGUGAGUGUUGGGACUCGAACAAAGUGAGGGAUGUGCGGAGCUCGUGCGGGUGUGGUAGGAGACACUGUAGUGCUCACAUGUCUGACCUUCGAUGACCGCCCCUGGACGAUCGCAGGUGCACCCUCCCUCUGAGGCAAAGGGCUUGACAUGGGACGAUUUCAAGGCUGGUCUACUCAUCGAUCACCCGCAGCAAGAAACCGAGUACAUUUCCGAAAUGACGGCUGCCAAUCAGAUUGAUGAGCUCAAGAAGGGUGUGGCAGAGGUGUGGAACAAUACUUGUGAGUGGUUUGUAUGCAGGAUGUAAGUGGUUUGUAUGCAGGAUGUCCGCCCGUUCUUGGCAUGGCUGACGAGCGGUCGAUUGCCGUGCUCGGAUUGCUUCCCAAAAAAGACAAUCUGCCCAGCUUGACGUCCAACAGAGACUUUUUGGAGCUGCUCAUCACUCUCGAGCUGCCUUUGCACCCCACACCUUACUCUGAAGCGCACGAAGCGCUGGUGCUGCAGCAACUGCGUGGUGAAUCGCUGCCAGCUUCCGAGCCACAGAGCCUGCGCAGCUUCAUCGUCAUCCAACAGCCCGUUUCUCACGACAAGUGCCCUCAUCGUAGCAGCGAAGGAUACGUCCGAGCAUACUACGCAUCCGUCGAAGCCAUCUCCGAGACGCGAGCUGGCGCAACGGACUGGAGAAUGUUUUUGCAGUCUGAUGCUUCUGGACGCAUCCCGCUCAUGUUUCAAGAGAUGGCCAUGCCCAGCAAGACGGCCCCUGACGUCCCUUGCUUUAUCAACUGGAAGUCUUCGAAAAAGGCGGCUGAUAAAGAGGAGGCUCAGAAACCUGUUCCUGCUGUGGCUGAACCCACAGGUGCGGACACUCAAGGCGCUGCUUCAGCUGCUCCAAUCGACUCGCAGCACGCUACUGGAUCUUCGGCUGCCGCUGAUGCAUCCGCACCGGCACCUGCAGCUGGUGGGGGUGCAAAGACUACCACAACGGACGAGCCGGCUGUAGCUGAACCUCGAGUAGGGGCUGGCGAUACACCCGCGGCCCCAGCUCCGAGGGAUGCUGAGCAGGGUGCUUAA